UAAUCCACCAGACAGAGUGGCAGAGACAGACACGGGUAUAAACCCAUUACGUUUCAAAACCCUAGAGAUUCAUCUCAUCUCAUAUCAUAAACAAUGACGGUACCGGAUUUUGUAUUCGAGACUCGGAAGCUUUGGUAGAGGAAGCCGAGCUGGUCGAUACUAAUAAGCGGUGGUCCGUGUUGAUGGGGAAGCAGAUGCAUGAUUCUCCUUCUCCUCUUCUCUCCAAGACUAACAUUUCCGACGAUAUAUCAGAGGAAUCAGAGGUCAGUGGUUCUGACAAAGAAGACAGCUCAUGGAUUUCUUGGUUCUGCAACCUUCGUGGGAACAAAUUCUUAUGUGAAGUCGAUGAUGAUUACAUCCUAGAUGACUACAACUUGUGUGGACUCAGCCAUCAAGUUCCUUACUACGACUAUGCUCUCGAUUUGAUUCUCGAUGUAGAAGAAUCUUCUUCUUCUCGUGGUGAGAUCAUUACAGAAGAACAGAACGAGUUGAUCGAGUCUGCAGCCGAGAUGUUGUAUGGAAUGAUUCAUGCUCGUUACAUACUGACAGGCAACGGGCUCAAUUCUAUGUUUAAAAAAUACAACAACUAUGAUUUUGGAAGAUGCCCAAAACUUUACUGCCGUGGCCAACCUUGUUUACCUGUUGGCCUAUCCGAUAUCCCUGGAGAAAGUACCGUCAAGAUAUAUUGUCCUAAAUGUGAAGAUGUGUAUUACCCGCCAUCAAAAUACCAAGCAAAUAUAGAUGGAGCUUACUUUGGGACAACAUUUUCACAUCUGUUUAUGAUGACUUACGAAUUUAAGAGGCCAGAAAAGGUAUCGCAAAGCUAUGUUCCAAGAGUGUUUGGGUUCAAGUUACACAAGCCGUGAAGGGAAAAAGCUUAAAGGAAGACCGAAUACUACCAGGAAGAGACUUUUAUGUGUGUAAUCACAUACAAAUAAUUGUAUCACUAAGGGACUUGUAUGUGUGUAAUCAAAUACAAAUAAUUGUAUCAGUAAGAGACUUGUCUCUCUCUCCCUCUCUUUUGUAGGUGUGUCUUGUUCUUUUUUACGUUUUAGAUACAUUUAGCAGGCAGGCAUAUUAAAUAGUGUAAUACUUACUACCUUCUUGUUCUU